AUGGCUUUCUUAACGGAUGAGGGCAGAUUUCCUUGGUAUAGACGCGAUGGUACAAAAUUUAGUAGCUACCUAGUUGGGGUUGCUGGAGGAAGUGCCAGUGGAAAAACUAGUGUAUCUAAGAGAAUAUUAAAAAAUUUAAACGUGCCAUGGGUAAUUCAAGUUAGCAUGGAUUCUUUUUACAAUAUUUUGACGCCCGAACAAAGGAACGAGGCUGCGAACAACAAUUAUAAUUUUGAUCACCCCGACGCGUUUGACUUUGACUUAUUGCUGGAGACACUGAAAAACUUGAAAGAAGGAAAAAAAGUUGAAAUUCCGGAAUAUGAUUUUGUAACCCAUUCUAGGCUCUCAAAGACAACAACUUUGUAUGGUGCAAACGUCAUUAUAUUUGAGGGAAUUUUUGCUCUAUACGAUAGAAGAAUCAUGGACCUUAUGGAUAUGAAGAUUUUCGUGGACACCGAUUCUGAUAUUCGACUCUCACGUCGCUUGAUUCGGGACAUUAAUGAACGAGGUCGUGACCUAAAUAGUGUCCUGCGGCAAUAUCUAAAAUUCGUGAAACCAUCUUUCGAUCAAUACAUACAACCUACCAUGAAAAAUGCUGACGUGAUCAUUCCGCGCGGUCUUGAUAAUUUGGUGGCUAUAGAUUUGAUUACCAAACAUAUUCAAAGUCAUCUUCGAGAGCAUCGUUUCAACUUUCGAUGGGAUUUGACAAAAAUCGUUUGUGACGAGGAAUUGCCCAAAAAUGUAAUAGUUCUCGAACAGAAACCUCAGUUGAAAGGAAUACAAACGAUUAUUCGUGAUAGAAGUACGAAACGUGAUGAUUUCAUAUUUUAUGCUGAACGUCUUGCAACCUUGGUCGUUGAGCGUGGUCUGGCCGAGUUGAUUUUUAAAGAAUGUCAAGUCGAAACACCACUUAAUAUACAUUAUGUUGGCAAGAAAUUUGAUGGUCAGCUAUGUGGCGUCUCCAUUGUUCGUGCUGGUGGCACGAUGGAAACCGGGUUUCGAAGAGCUGUCAAGGAUGCUAUGAUUGGUAAAAUGUUGAUCCAAACAGAUUCGAAGACGGGCGAACCAUCACUUCAUUACACGAAGUUCCCGCCGAAUAUACACAAAUGCCAUGUUUUUCUUAUGGAUGCACAAAUUUCGACGGGUGCCGCUGCUUUGAUGGCCAUACGUGUUUUACUUGACCAUAAUGUUCCUGAGGAUCAUAUUAUCUUUUUAACGUUCCUUGCAACACCGAUAGGAAUUCAUACGAUUUCCAAUGCUUUCCCCUUGGUCAGAAUCUGUACUUCAAUGAUCGACCCAAAGGUCAACAAAGAAACCCUGUUCAUCGAACCUGGCAUGGGAAACUUUGGAGAUCGUUAUUAUGGCACAUAG